AUGCCUCUACUGAGGAAGGAGGUGCCCGAAAAAGUGCCCGAAACGGAACGUCUUCGUGACAACGAUAAAGUUUUUUUUUGUGAGGCAACUUCAGAAAUAUUCAGCAACUUUGAGGAUUAUUUUCAUCGUAUAAUGCUGAUCUCGUCCGUCGUUUGGAUUUGCGAACUCACUGGUCGAUCAAAUCUUACUUACGCCGAGGCUCUAGAGUCAGAGAAUGCAGCCAGAAAACUAUUGGAAACAUUUCCGGCUUCAGUGAAAGGACCAUUUUUGCUCGUUGCUUCGCAUACAAAGCGUACAUCUAUCAACGAAAUGCACGACGAUGUGUACAAUUUCGUCAAAGAUCACAUAUUCAAAGGAGAAGUCGUUGAUGUACUUGAUCCAAUUGGUACAAGUUUUCGCCGAGCUAAAGUUACGAAAGUGAUGCUACACAGCUCUUCGAGUAAACAGCAUUCUUCCUCUGGCGGUUCCACACAGUCCAAGUUGAUGUAUCACGUAAUGGCAGACGACAAAUUGCAACCCCGAACAUGGGUCUCAGAAGGAGCCAAACUGAAGCGAGACCGUCGGUCGCUGACGCGCGACAAGUGCAAGUUAUUUCUUAAACAGCACGUCGAAGCCGGGCCAGGAGGGCUUCUGCUAAUCAAAGAGGCUUCACUGAGAAAAUUCGUCCACGACGAGGGUUGGACUGAUCAACAGGUUUUCUUUGACCACAUACCUGAUUUUGAGCCUUCGAAAAGGUUGAAAAUGCGUGAAGAACGUAGUAAGGCGAUCGCACCCGGAACAAAGGGAACCGUCCAAUCGAAGAGAGGAAAAGAUCCCAGUGCCGCUAAGGACCCGACAUGUACACCACCGAAGGAACCGACGCGUUCCACCGCCGCAGGCGUAAAAAAACGGAGUAAAUCAACCAAGGAUGCGGGUAGUGGUGUCGUCCCCAAAGGCGCUAAGGCUGGAAAUCAUCAGGAAACGAUUAAAGCAGUGUCUCAGAAGCAAUCGAACAAUACGAAGCUGAAAACAGGAGAAGAAGCAAAAAGAAUAUCUAAAGAACUUGAACUCCAGAAAGCAGUCGAGGAUGUGUUGAUAGCAAAGAAGCGCCUCGAAGAAGAGAAAGCAAUACUGGUGCAACAUGCAACGUUCGCAAUCAAGAAGUUCAAUACGAUUCUUGAUGACCAACAACUAACGGACCAUCGUGUGCUACCGCCUGCCCGCCCGGUGUGCACACUUAUCGGUCCAGACCAUUUCAGCAAUUUUGUUUUUAUAAUGGAAUUUAUGAAUUCGUUUUCUGACCUGCUAGCAAUACGAAACAAGUUUCCCAACGGGCUUACGAUGGAACUGCUCGAGCGGGCUUUACUUCAAAGGGAGGUGAAUGGUCCGCUUAGUGACAUUUUGCAAGUACUGUUGAGCACCAUAUUUGCGCAGCAGCUUGACGAAGAGAAUGAAGUAGAUGUGCGGAACGAUCGACCGGAAAAUAUUGCCCAAAAACGGCUGACCGUGCCAGAUCAAGCGCGGGCCUCUGAUUGUUUGAUGUGGAUCGAGAAGCAUUACAGUAUGUCGCUCAAUGAACUGCCGAUCGAUUCGACUACGAUAUCAGAACUGCUGCGACUGCAUUUCCUGUCGUCGGGUGCACUGGUCGAGGAGCGGGUGGCCAAACAUCGCUACUGCAACCGGGGCGGCUACAACAACGCGGACGAUCCAGGCCUGCGUCUGGUGCAAGACUUUCCACACAUUUUCCGUGCUCUAAAGGCGUACCCAGUUUAUCAGUUACCGAUAGGCGAUAUCAUCCAGCUGUUAUGCUGCCUGAUCCACCAACUAUUGACGUACAGUGGCGUGCGCGAAAUGGUAGAGGAACGGUUAGAAAAAGCGCGAUCGGCCCGUAUCAAGUUCCAAGGAACCCGCGUGGCCCAGCGCCGUUUGAUGCUCAAAACUGGAUCACUCAAGACUACGGCGCGUGAUGAGUUUAAAAAAGAGUUGAAUGCAUUCCAGGGCACCGACCAGGAGAAAGAAUCUUUCCGCGAGAAGUUGCAAAAUAAGCUAGAGGAGCAGCUUGCGCGCAUCGACGCAACGGCUCAGCGGGAACUGAGACCGCUGCAGCAGGAGUCGGAUAGGCUGAAGGAGGACUUUUUCGACUAUCAAAUCUAUAUCGGUACUGAUCGCAGCUUUCGUAAUUACUGGCUGUUCGAGUCGUUGGCGGGAUUGUUUGUCGAGCACGACCGUACAUUCGUGGGUCCCUGCCUGACCCGACCGACUACCAACAUUCCGGGGUUGGCAAACUGUGCAUCAGAACAGCGUAGGAAAUUUAUCACCAAAUCGGUCAUGCAGUAUGGGCAUGAGCUUGAUCCGCAGUUUCUGACCGCGAACGAAUGGCAGGAGGAGCUGUAUGAGAAACUGCUGCUGCAGAGCAGUGCAGACUUGUAUACGAUGACUCCAACUAACGAGGAGUUGCUUAUGUGCACCGCAGAUUGGCGAUCUUGUCCGGUGCACGGACGGGCGGACGACAGUCGUUCCGUUCGCUGGAGCUUUUAUGCAUCGGCUGACGAGCUGGACAGUCUGAUCAAGGGUCUCAAUGUGCGGGGUGUGCGGGAGAAGCAACUCCGUGAAACACUCGAGUGCGAGCGUGACCUUAUACUGACACAUAUCGAAAAGUGUCCGCUUGAGAAGCUGUACGUAGCGGAAUGCGAUCGAGAAGCGCGCUUAGCGGAUAUUAUCACCCGAAACCAGAGGAAGUACGAUGCCCCAAACUUUGACCACGCACCCGGGACGGAGCCGAACGAAAUCUUGGAGGCCGUGUUCCGGGAGAAUCUCCUCGAGUUGGAAUCGAAAAUAACUAUUGGUUAUCUAGGCGUAAUGAAAGUGCACGAUCGGGACGCAUGGCGAGCGGCAAUCAAAUCGCAACGCUACGAUGCGCAGACAGAAGAGCCCUUACUGUGGGGACCACGGCGACUGCUGAACGUGGGUGUCGGCACUAACAGUAAACAAGGUGUCGCUGGCGACGAACAGUUGAAGGAUUGCAUUACGAAUGGAGGAGCAUUUGCGGGAAAAAAUGAAGAGCAGCAGCAGGCUCGUGACGCCACUGGCGGUGGUGGAUCCUACGGAGUGGGCGACGUUGAGCUGGAUCGUUUACUAUCGAAUGUCCAUGAUCCUGGGUAUAAUCUACCGGAUCUAGGUACUGGAUCGGCGACGUCGUGUCCUCUUGACGAGACUUUUUCGUUCCCGUUGCAUGAUUCCAAAACAUUGCAGCAGUGCGUGCACUCGAUGGCGCUCGCUUUGUUGCAGAUAGAGCAGUGCAUAGAGCAAAAGUUUCUGCGCCAUCCGUUCGGGCCGAAGAAGGACUACAAGGACCGUAGUGUGAUGUUGCACAAGCAGCAACAGGGUCAGAAGAAUCUGGCCAUUUGGGAGGUGUCGCUAAUGCGUGCGACUUCAUUCUCGCAACUUUUUCUACACUACAACGUGCUGUAUGAUGCAAUCUAUUGGUCGCGCUCGGCCGAACGUAUCAGUUGCAUGAUUUGCCGCCGGAAGGUGGACCCGUACCUGACGCUACUGUGUGACGAGUGUAACAGAGCGUGCCACAUGUACUGCUUGAAGCCAAAGCUGAAAGAGGUUCCCGCGGGCGAUUGGUUCUGCAUAAAGUGCCGUCCAGAGAACUUUCAGGUGAAGCCUGCUCCUCCGGCAAAGAAAAAGAAAAUCUUCCAAUGGGAGGACCGAUCGGACGAAGAGAAGGAAGAUGAAUCGUCGGAGGGAGAGGCGAACGAAGAGGAGUCUUUAGGGGCUGAUUCGACGAACGAUAGCGAUGAGACCUACGAGAAAGUGAAAACCGUUGCAGAUGGUAAGAUGACUAUUAGAGGCGGAAAUACCGGAACCGGAAGCAGAGGAGCUGGAGCAGCAGAUGCGGUGGUGAAGCCUGUCGUCACAAAAAGAAGAAACAGCCGUUCUGCUGCGGUGGCGGCAGCUGAAGCAAUUGAAGCGUCCAAGCGACAAGAUGAGGAUGAUGGGUUUGCGAAUGAUAGUGAGGAUCACGAUCACGACGAAGACGACCAGGACGAGGAAGAUGACGAUGGCAAUGAUCAUCACAACUCUUUGUGGAACUUAGUGAGAAGUAAGUCGGUGGACGUGUCACGGAAUGGCUCGAAACGGCGUAAUACCCAACGCAAAGUUCAGCAACAGCGGGUAGAUCAGCGAGGUCCUGGUGUUAACUCCUCUAGUUCGAAACGUCCUCUUCGGUCGACUAUGAAGUGUUCGCCAGCCAGUGUGAUCAAAAUCUCACCGAAACACGUCAAGGCUGCUUCUGGCAGCGGGUCAGGAAAGCGAGAACGGGAAGACGAUGAUCUCGUUGAUAGUGACAGCGAACCGCUCGCUCGCAUCAGCACUCGGAGCAGCACUCGUGGCGGAACUCGUAGCAGCACUCGUAGCACCGCGAAACGUAAUCGACUAUCGCUAGCGAAUGGGGGCUUAGAAACGACGUUAACAAACGGAGACUGCGGCGAUCAGGAGAUCAGUGGCGGUGGGACCAGCGGAACGGGUAAUCGGCGGUCCCGUCGUUUUGCGGAAGAUUUACCGCUGAACUCGGUGGCACUGUAUGCGCUGAUCAACGACAUUCUCAAGCAUCCUGAUUCGUGGCCCUUCAAUCGGCGCGUAUCUGCCAAGGAAGUGCCUGACUACUACGCGGUUAUUAAGACGCCGAUGGACUUUGCGCGCAUCAAGUCUAAGCUCAAUAUGGGAGAUUACAAAACCAACGAAGAAAUGCUGAGCGACGUGCAGCUGGUAUUUUCAAAUUGCGAUCUUUACAACACGGACGAGGAUGACGUGUAUAGAAUCGGCAAAUCACUUGAGGGGUAUGUGGUUAAGCGAUGCAUGGAGCUAGCGUUACCAUUUCAACCAAGCGACAUGCAGAAAAGGGUGAAACAAAACCACGCUAAGACAACUAAAGUUAAUGGUGCAGUGCAUCCACCUCGUCGGAACACUGUUGCACCUUCCGCCACCGGCCGAAAUAGGUCUAGCACUCGCUCGCGGAAAAAGUCUUGCGUCUACUGAUUGGUCGCGCAGAUACAGCACCGUUGCAGCUGCCUACCCCCGGUCUACUAUCCUUGUUGAAUUUAUGAACCAUUACCGCAAUGUUGUUGAGAGCCGCAAUUUCCGACUUUCUUCAGUACCUCGUUGAAUCUGGCCGACGUUUCAACGAAGAACUUUUUACAUAGUUGAGGUAAAAAAACAUAGAC